UCGGAAGUGGGGCUUUUUUGCGUAGCGGUGUCCAUGGAGAUGGAAGAUGGCACCUCGGCAUCGUCAACUUUCCUCUACACCUCUGGAGAUCCUGCUGUUCCUCAAUGGCUGGUAUUAUGCCACAUACUUCUUGCUGGAGAUUUUCAUAUUUGUCUAUAAAGGUCUCUUGUUGCCCUAUCCAUCUGCUAAUCUGGCUUUGGACCUGGUUAUGCUUUUUCUCUAUCUUGGAAUUGAAGUCACAAGGAUAUUUUUUGGCUCCAAAGGCAAUCUUUGUCAGCGGAAAGUGCCACUUGCUAUCAGCCUGGCACUAACCUUUCCAGCAGCAGUGAUGGCAGCCUAUUAUCUACUUCUGCAGACCUAUGCCUUGCGUUUGGAGGCCAUUCUGAAUGCCAUCUUGCUUUUCUUCUAUGCAGUUGAGCUGUUACUGGGUAUUCUCACCCUAGCCUCUUUUUCCAGUUUGGAUUCAUACUGAGAAUCUGUGUGGGCUGUGCUGUAUGAAACACUUCAUGUUUAAGGGAAGCUGCAUGAAACCCCAUUUCCAUGACUGGCCCAGGAUGAAGUUGGGAUCUGGUUUCUUGGGCAAGAUGAAAGAAGAUACAGUUCCACUCUUUGCUUCAGGCAUGCUGAGGCACUGGCCUAAGAGCAGAGGUGCCAGUCCUAGACUGAAUGGCCUAAGCAUGUCCUAUCGUCAUCCAUGUAUCCCUCCUAGAACAUGACAGUUGACCCACUUGGACUUGGUGGCAUUGAAGACUGAUUUUGCAGGUCUCCAGACUGUGGAUCCAUGAACCUCAGCCAAUGCCUAGAUUUUGCCUGCAAGUGCUGUGCUCUUCAGAUUCCUCAAACGGACACAUUCUGACACUGACUCAAGUCUUUAGCAUGUGUACAAUGACUCUUGUUAGGACACCUUUGUCAAUUCUAUUUGUUACAGCCUGUGCCAUGCUCUUAAGAGGAGAGGGGUGUCCAUUCCCUAAAAAUCAGUAUUGUUAUUGUUGUGUAUUGGCAAUUUGUGAUACAUGAUUUUUCUUCAGUGCUCUUGACAUAAAUACUUAUUUUUC